AUGGCGGACGAAGUGCUGCCGACCGUCCCGAAGCUGGCUGCGCUUGUCCUGCUCGGCGGGAAGUCUUCCAGGAUGGGCCGACCGAAGGCUCUCCUCCCGCACCCUAGAACGGGCCUGCCGCUGUACAAGCAUCACCUGCGGGUGCUGGAGGAGCUCGAGCAGAAGGGCUUCUUCCCGGAAGGGGUCUGGGUGAGCGGGCGGGAAGACCAGCGGAACGAACUCGACUUGCCCGAGAGUGUUCAUUAUGUUGUUGACGACCCGGCGAAGAAUGGCGACAUCGGACCCGCGAGUGGCAUCCUGCAGGCUUUCGACCAGAACCCCGAGGCAACCUGGCUUCUCCUCGCCGUUGACCUCCCCUUCGUCACUCGUUCAGCCAUUCUCCACCUGCUCCAGUCUCAUCCGGCAGACUCGCCUGUCUCGCUCUUCCUCCAUCCCUCGGACGGCAAUCCCGAACCGCUCUUCUCCGUCUGGACACCUCGCGCGCUCGCACAGCUGCGCGAGAACUGCAAGAAGGGCAAGAGCGGACCAUGCAGGGCGGCGAAGGAUGUCUGGGGCGGCAAGGUUGUCGAAGGACGCGGCGGUGUCAAGGUCCUCGAGGAGAACUGGGUGACGGAUGCGGACACGCCAGAGGAAUGGGAACGAGCGAUUGCCUCGCUGUCUGCGGCCAAGGCCGUCCCGCUUGCCGACUCGUCCAUCCCGCCUACUCCUCCUGCUUCUCCGCCUAAUUCUUCCACCUCUCUCCCCAUCUUCGCGCCAACUCGUCGCAAACCUGUUUCUUUCGCCGCCGUGCAUGAAUGCAUCUCCCGCCUCCAACCUCUCAAAGCCGACAUCGCCUCCGCUCCUCCGACUCUCGACCGUGCAGACGACUCGAUUGCCUCAGUGCCCAUCGACCAAGCAGUCGGCUGCAUCUCCAAUUCUUCCAUCUCUGCUCACUUCCCCCACCCACUGCACGACAACUCCGCUAUGGACGGCUACGCGGUACCUUCCUCCCUCCUCUCCUCCGCCUCGCCCUCUUCUCCCGUCGAACUACCCGUCCUCGGUAGGAUCGUCGCUGGCGACCCCCCUCCUUCACUCAAGGAGGUCGAAACAGCAGGAAAAGUGGGUUGCUGGGAGAUCAUGACUGGCGCUGUCUUCCCCUCGGACGAUUUCGACGCUGUCGUCAAGGUCGAGGAUACGUCGCACUCGUCAGGGUCAGGACGUCCCGUUGUCGUUUUCCAAGCGCCGAUAUCUGCCGGCCAGAACCGGCGAAGACGGGGUGAGCAGGUGCAGGCUGGUGAAGUGAUCUUGCGGGAAGGCGAGCUGGUCUCGCCCGAGAAGGUCCUUCUUCUCGCAGCGACGGGCAUCUCCAGCGUCUCCAUACGACCAUCUUCGGUCAAGCAGCCGCCUCAGCGAGGACGCGUCGGCAUCAUCACGACGGGGAAAGAGGUGAUCCCGCUGUCCGCCCUCUCCUCCGCCGAACCUUCGCCAGGUCAAGUCGUCGACUGCACCACGCCCUACCUUUGCGCCCUACUGCGCUCGCGAGGGUACGAACCCAUCGUCUUUCCCCGCUCGGGCGACUCGAUAUCCUCCUUCUCUGCCACCGUCUCCUCCGCCCUCUCCCACUCGCCUCCGCUCGACCUCCUCCUCACAACAGCCGGCGUCUCCCUCGGCGUGACCGACCACCUGCCGUCCACUCUGUCCUCCCUCGGCCUGCGCGAACUGUUCCACGGCGUCUCGAUCCGACCAGGCGGACCUGUCAUGCUCUCUCUGCACACGGACGAAACGACAGGACGAACGACGCCAGUGCUCAGCCUGCCGGGCAACCCGAUGGCCAGCGCAGCGUGCAUGCGUAGCUUUGGGUGUGCGAUCCUUGCCCAGCUCGAAGGUAAGACGGACGAGUGGAAGAAACUGGAGGUCGGAGCGGACGACGAGGAGCGGGCGUGGGCAGACUUGACAAGCAAGAUGCGGGAAGGACUGUCGAGCUUCUUUGCUCUGCCAGUGGACGGGAAAACGGGCGAGCCGAGUUUCGCGUGCAGGAUGGUCGAUGGGAAGCGGGCGGGUCCUUGUGCGGUGGGAAGUCUGGUCGGUGCAGACGCGUGGGUCAGGGUGGACGCAGGCGCGGACGGAUCACGCGAGAAGUACUGGUGCAGUUUUUAG